UUUCCUAACCAUUACAACAGAAAGCAAGAACACUGACCUCAAAUAUGUGUUAAAAAAAGUGUGAGGAAGAGGAAGUUUUGCAAGAAAGUGCUUUUAUGCGGUUUCUGUGAGUAAAAAAAAACACAGUUCACACUAACAUGAACUACUGAUAUGAACUGGUCUUGCUGGAAGAUUUAUGCAUCAAAUAUGAAGUUCGUCUAUGCUGUGUGCAUCUGGAUUUGUCUGUCAGGGUUUGGACAUUCAGCUGCUGAUGGGAGUGCCAUAAAGAAACAUGAAGGAGAUCAAGUCACAAUUACGUGUACUCCUGUACCGAAUUCAAAAAACAAAAAGUAUUUCUGCAGACAUCCAUGUCAAGAAAAUGCUAAAGAUAAAUAUAUUAAAGUAUCAUCUGAUCAAACUUCUAACGGGAGAUUCAGAAUGGAAGAUUAUGGAAAUGGAACAUUCACAGUGACCAUCACUGAUCUACGGGGGUCAGACUCUGGGAAUUACUGGUGUAGAGUGGAGCUAGUAGAUAAAGAAGAUCCAUCUGAAAAGGUCACUCUGAGAGUAUCUAAAGGUGUUAAGAGCGCUAUUACCACUUAUACAACUGUCACACCAGCGAUCACCACAUCUGGUAAUGUAAAGUGUUGUUUUCUUCAUUAA